AUGACUUACAAGUUACGCCCUCGUGAUCAGCCUGGAAGGCCACAGACGCCAUCUUCAGAAGAUGAAAGGUCAUCAUCCACUGGAUCUGAUUUCGGUUCUUGGUCGGCGUUGAAGACUGUACUUCCCAUUCGUCUAAGAGACAGCUCGUCGAGCGCUUCUCUGAAUGUUUACCGCUUGCCGUCCGAUGAUGGCAUUCUGAUCAAGGUGAAACCACCUGCAUAUCCGGGUAACAUACCCUCAAUCUCUAGCCAGAGAGGGCUGGCAGGCCAGGGGCAUGUCCCGUGCAGCAUCGUCCUCGUCAUCGAUGUUUCUGGAAGCAUGCAAGAAGAUGCCCCGGUCCCUGCAACAAAAGGCGAGCCCAUGGAGAGCAAUGGCCUGACAGUACUCGACCUGGUGAAGCAUGCGGCGCGCACAAUUCUUGAGACGCUGAACGAGCACGACUGCCUCGGAAUUGUGACUUUUUCAGAGGAUGCCAAUGUGCUAUUAAUGCUCACUCCGAUGACACAAGUAAACAAAGCGAAAGCGCUUCAGGUAAUUCUAGAUUUAGAGCCUUUGACGGUUACGAAUCUGUGGAAGGGCCUUACGGCCGGCAUCGAGAUCUUCUCGUCCAAAGCUCAGUUCAGCUCCGUACCCUCCAUAAUGCUGCUCACGGACGGUCUUCCAAAUUUCAUGCACCCACCACAGGGCUACAUACCAAAGCUGCGGACCUUUGGAAAGCUCCCGGCUCCAAUUCACACAUUCGGCUUUGGUUACAACUUGCGCUCUGGCUUACUCAAAUCCAUAUCUGAGCUCACCGGUGGCAACUACGCAUUCAUCUCCGAUGCUGGAAUGCUUGGAACCGUUUUCAUUCAUGCAGUUGCAAACAUGCAAUCCACUUUCGCUAUGAACGCGACGCUGUGCGUUGAAUUUCCUGCCUCGAUGCAUCUCGAGAAGGCCAUGGGCACUGUGGUCGGCGGGACGCAGCCGGUCGACCCGGUGAACGGACAGCAGCUCACGAUACCCCUGGGUAGCAUCCAGUAUGGGCAAACCCGCGAUGUGUACCUGAGAUGCACCCACAACGCGGAGUUGGAGUCUGGACUUGAACCGCGCACUGCCCCCAUCGUGAGGGUUAAGCUGGACUACGACCAGAUGGAGCCGAGCACUUACUUCCACGCUACAACUCAGUGUGCUAUGAAUUUUGAAGACUCGUCAACAGCUCACGGCGCAGAUGCACUGUCUGCGGAUGAAGUUGCGUUCCACAUCGCUCGAUCUGAUUUGUGCGCCACCAUUUCGAGCUUAUUUCCACUGCUCGACGAGGAAGAGCAUGUGGCUGUAAAUCAUGAAGACGGCUUGAUCUCCAUUGCCAUUUCAGCCUGGGAGAAAGUCACGUCGGCAAACGUAUCUAUCGGAAGCACUGCUUAUAAAGCUUUGAUGAGAGACAUCAGUGGCCAGGCAUUGAUGGCCAUUCGAAACAAAGAAGAUUACUCAAUAUGGGGACGGCAUUAUUUGCCCAGCUUGCAGUCUGCACACAUGUCGCAGCAGUGCAACUCGUUCAAGGAUGCAGGUCCGCUUCUGUACGGCGCUUCGAGCACUCUUUUCAUCCAGUGCCGUGACAACCUGGAUAAGGCAUUUGACAGCUUGCCAGCACCGAAGCCGAGCGGCAUUUCGGUGUCGAACGCACCCAUCGGGAUGAGCAUGUACCGCAACCCGAAUGGUGCCUGUUUCGCCAGCUUCUGUCGAGUGACUCUGACGGACGGGCGACAUGUCCGGGUAAAUCGUCUGAGACGCGGGAUGCGAGUUCUGACGCCGCGAGGUCCGCGCACAGUUGCCGCUGUGCUGAAGACCCCAGUUGUCGGUGCGCCGAUGAUGUUUGUGGGCAGCCUGCUAGUCACUCCGUGGCAUCCGAUUUCACACAACAGCAAAGACUGGGUCUUUCCGUGCCAGGCCGACAACCCACGCAAGAGGCCACGGGUCCGCUAUACAGGAUCUAUCUAUUCGGUGCUGCUGCAGCCAGAUGGGGAUGUGGAUUCGCACGCACUUCGCAUCGAAGGCAUCUGGGUCGUGACUCUUGGUCACGGGCUGACGGAAAAUGCAAAUGGUACCGCAGCAGAUGUGCGGGUGCACAGCGUGUUUGGAAGCUACGCUGGCGUGUGCCAGGCUCUAGCCUCGCUGGAUGUGCGUGAGGAUGGCCUGGUGGUAAACAAUCUCUCGUCGCGGGGCACUUUUUGA